AUAUACGUGCGGCGGCCGGCAGUUCGGCCACUGUGCAAGGCUUUUCCCAGUAACAAGCAGCAGCCGUUCUGUAAAGAUGUGGAGAGCAACCGCUGUGAUGGCGCUGGUGUUCCUGCUGUCCGCCCUGGUCCAGCACGCAUGCGCGGGAGGGAUGGGCCAGGAUGACGAAGAGGACGCAACAGCAGGGCCGCGCAGGGGACGGACUUUCGGCCUGCUGGGAAACGCCCUGUUCGGCGAAGGACCGCUUGGAGGCGCAGGCGGUGGAGGGCUCUUCGGGAGCGGCAGACCCGGUCUCUUCGGUGGCAUCCUCGAGGGGCUCUUCGGCGGCGGUGGUGUGAGACCGCUGCCGAUCCUUCUUCUAGGGACCGGAGGGUGGCUGUCGCCCUUUCGCCGGCCCUACCGGCCAUCUCCGGCGGUGCCCUACUACCCCAGGCCCUACGGCUUCCAAGGGUACCUCGACGACGACGGCGAUUAUUACUACCGCGGCGGAAGCGAAGCUCACCACUUAGUGCCAGAGUUCCACUAGCGCAGAAGCUGCCACCGCCACUGAGACCAUCAGGUGCACUCGUCCUCUCUCUAGCAGCUUUUAAAUAAUCAGGAAGUGUAACGCAACUACACCCAAGAUUAUUGACCAAUGUCGUCCACAGGUCUUUUCUGUUACAACUUACCUAUAUGCCCAGGUUUGUGAGAAAUCUCCCGUCCCCAUCCCUUAGGAUCGAAAGACACCGUUAGAGAGACAAAUGUAGACGUUGUAAUCUUAUACAGAUUUUAGUGAUCUGUAGUAUAAUACAUUCCAGCAAGAUGACGUCUGAUGUUAUGUGACACUUUAUGAUACACGUCAGAGGGCCAAUAUAUGGACAAUGUGCUUGCGCUCAGAGUUACAGCCAUUUUUUCUCCGGCUGUAUAUUUCUGUGGUGCUACUUUGUAAGGUUCACGUAGCUUCACCACUUCUAAAGGGUGAUUACUAAUCCUAACUCCUGGAAAAGGAAAAAUUGUUUGCAUAUAUUUAGUAUGUUUUAAGUAAUGUGAUACACAAAGUUUGUAAGUAUUGGGGAAGUACUGAAGGGUUAAAAAUGUAAUUUGUUUCCUGAAUGUCUUUUAUAUCUGAAGACUGCAUACUGAAAAUUCGAAAUGGUAUGCUUUCUCCUCUCUUCAUAUAUUUCAGCUGCUGAAUUAAUUAUCUCCUUUCUGCGUUCCAGAAAUGGGAAUACAAAAGUUUUAUGUAUAUAACAUAGCCUAUACUUGCGGCUGUAACAGCUUCCAUCUGUUUACCUUAUUGCUUUUGCCCUUCUAUUUGUUUUAUUGCUCUAAGCAAUUCGUUAUUACGUUGGAAAGUUGUAUAUUUAAUGUUAUUAUUAAAACUUGAUAUGAGUUAAUAAGUUUUAUUUUGUGAUGUGCUGAUUUCGUUUGACUUAUAAAUAUAAUUUGAUACAUUAGAA